CUUUCUCCUUUGAGCUGUUUUGGAGAAACAGAGAGAGAGAGAGAGAGAGAGAGAGAGAAAAGAUGGAGUUGGGUCUGAGCUUAGGUGAAGCUUCAAAGCCAUUUCCUCUUGUAGAGAAGGUAGCAGCAGCUUCAAGGAUGAACACCAGUCAAGGUUUGGGGUUUUGUAUGGGCUUAGGAGUCGUUGGGGUCAAUGGAAGGGAAGGAAACACAGAAGGUGAUGAAAGAGAAGGAAAUAGAGAUGGAGAAAGAGAAGAGAGGAGGGUUUCUGCAGAUCCUUCACCUGUUCAGCUUGAUCUUCUCCCUUCUGGUCCUGUUCCUCGUAACCCACCUUUGUCUACUGAGUUGGUGGUGUUUUCCUGGCCAACUGAAAAUGGUAAUUCUGAAGCUGGUUCUUCAGGCCAUUUGGGGGUGCCGCCGGCGAGAGGGUUCGACGUGAAUCGGUUGCCGUCGGCGGAGGAAGCCGAUGAUGGGGCUCAAGUUUCUUCUCCCAACAGUACUGUUUCGUCUUUCCAGAUGGAUUUCUCCAUGUUCAGAGGAGGUAGCAGCAGUAGCAAAAGAGACAACACAGAGCUCAACGCACUGGCUUCUAUGAACGAUGCCGAUACACCUGAAAGGACUUCAUCUAGAGCUAGCGACGAGGAAGAGAACGGCCUCACUAGGAAGAAACUCAGACUCUCUAAGGAACAAUCUGCCUUCCUGGAAGAAAGUUUCAAAGAACACAAUACUCUCAACCCUCCUCAAAUGCUGCAGAAACAAAAGCUUGCUCUUGCAAAACAACUUAAUCUUCGUCCUCGUCAAGUAGAAGUUUGGUUCCAGAACAGAAGAGCCAGGACGAAGCUGAAGCAAACAGAGGUAGACUGUGAGUAUCUCAAGAGGUACUGUGAGACACUUACGGAGGAGAACAGGAGACUACAGAAGGAGCUGCAAGAGCUCAGAGCCUUAAAGACUUCACACCCGUUUUACAUGCAACUUCCGGCGACUACCCUCACCAUGUGCCCAUCAUGCGAGCGAGUGGCCACUGCUUCCACAACCCUUCAUUCCUCAGCCGCCGCUUCUGCCAUCACCACCACCGCCUCAACCACCAAAACCAACAGCACCGCCACCGCCACUGCCACCACCACCACGACGACCACCGACGGUACUGCCACACCCACUCCCCUGACCCCAACUCCCAAAACUACCACAGCCUUAUCCCUUACAAAACCCAGGUUCUAUCCUUUCUCUCACGCUCACGCCCAUCCGUCCCCUGCUUCAUGAGCACCACCAACCAUCUAUCUAAUCAUCCAUCCAUACACAGGCUUUUUGAUGAUGUGGUUCUUAGCUUCUUAGGUUUUGAUGUGUAAAUACUUCGACUUGGUGACUUCUCUUGUGGAUUUUUCCUUUUUCUGAUUAGUUUUUAGUUAAUGGGUUUGUCUUAUUCCGGGGAUAGAUGAUGAAGCUGGGUAUUUUUUUGAUGCCUUCUUCGUUUUGGGUUUUUUUGGGGGAAAGAUUAGGUUUCAGUGACAGACACAGACAGAGAAAGAGAAGAACUCGAUCAACAUAUACAACGGUGCCCUCUUUAUUUUAUUUUUUUUAUUUUAAUCUUUCCUGUGUUCUGUAUUACAAGUUUGAACGGGAAAAAUUACAGGAAAUUCAUAUUAAUUUGUUUCCA